GAGGGGAAGAGAGUAGAGGUGGAAAGGGUGGGGGAGAGAGUGGUGGAGGAGGGGAAGAGAGAGGAGGAGGAGAGAGUGGGGAAGAGCGGAGAGGGACAACAGAAAGUGGAAAAUGUUGAGGAGGGGAAGACUGUGGAAAAGAAAGAGGUGAAGGAGAAGAAGGAGGAAGUGAAAAAUGACCAAGAGAUGGAGAACGACAAGGAGCUAGAAGAUGAAGACGAGGAGAUGGAAAAACCUGUAAUCAAUUCUUUACGUCGACCCGAGACUUCCAAUAUUAGCUUCAGUGAGACCUCUACAGCCAUGGAGGGACAAGAAUUUAUGGACCAGUUUCUGGAAAACCCUGAAGCCAAACAAAUGUGUUUCCCAGAAGCAACGUGUGAAUUUCUGCCUCCUUUCUCAGGGCUAAUACACCUCAGCCUUGCAAAAAACAAGAUAGCAGACGACGAGGAGCUGUUAGCUGUCUGUCUUUUCCCAGCACUGAGUAAGCUGACCAUCUAUAAAAACCCAAUCACCCUCAGCACCGGAAGGAAGCCCCAUCUGGUGAUCUCCAUGCUGAGGGACAGGCUAGGGAUUGACCUGAUCACCCAUGAGCCACGGCCACAGGACAGGACACCUGUUUUCAAGGUCUUCAAUCCAAAGCACAAGGUUGAUACCCACAUACCGAAGAUCCCAAAGCAGCCCCUGAUGCUCGAGGCAGCCAAACAGCUCCUUGGCUUGGACAAUGCUGGCCCUGGACAGACCCAGAGUGGGGAGGCAGAGCCCAGAACUGCAGGCAAGGCAGAUCUCAUGGCAGUGUCACAAGAGAAAUGCAGGGAAAAGGGCAGCAUCCCUGAAUCAAUCACCAGAACUCCAGAGAGGACACACCAGGAGCCUGUGGAAGGAUUCUUCAUGACCCAGGUUGAUGACAUCACAUUGAGGAGCGAAGCUGAGGUGGACCUGGGGGAAAAGCACACCACAGAACUCUCAGUAACAACUGAUCUCCCCAAGAGAUACAGAGGCUACGAGGAACUCCUGGAUGCUGCAACUGACCCUGACUUUGUGGAACCAGUUGGUAUUCAACAGAAUGUCCAGCAGCUGGAAUGGUACCUCCGGAAACUGCAGCCGUACCCGGACCCCUUUCGCCAUGUGAGCCUCCAGCAGAGGCGCUACGUUCCCAAGCAGAGGAAGGUCCAGAAGCUUCCGGAACCUACGUCCCACAAAAGCAAAGCCAAUAAAAUGGAGGAAAUCCUGAAGAGGAUGAAGGAGCAGAGAGCCAUGAUGGUUGUUCCAUUAGCUCAUGUCCUGCAGGGUAAGGGUGUCACCAGGCAGGAGUACGAUGAGGCCGUGGCUCUACUGAGGGACCUACAGCUGAAAUACACGGAGCUGCGCGAGCGACUGGCGGCCAACAUGAACAGGCUGUAUGAGCAGUGCAAAGACCUCAGGAGUGAGCGACCAGAACAGGACACACUGAGUGCCAACUCUAGUAGGAUGGACUUCUGAAGGGCUGUAUUAAUGGUUCCCAACAUCUGUCCUUCCCAGACCCUCUGCUACCAACUGAUUGCUUUUAUAAUCCAUAAAUGUGUGAAGAUCACAUUUUUUUAAACUCCAGUUACUUGAGAAACUGAUUUCAUUCUCCUUGGAGGUCCCAUACCAUUGGGAGUACAAGCAACCAAACUGCUGAUGUGGAGAAAACUCAUGGAAAGGAAGCUUAAUGACAAACUUAAUUUGGCUUCAGUUUUCUAAUUUUCUUUUUCAUAGUACUGCCGUGUUUUAGGGCGGUUUGCAAUGAGCAAGCCAAACUAGGGAUUGGUUUCAGGGAGGUUCAUAGGUUUAUCAAAUUCUUACGUUUUUAAUCCAAGGUUCACGUCGGAUGUGUUACAACACUUGCGGACUGCCCCCAGCACAUCCUCAGACUGUGUUGGUUGUUAACACAAACAUUUUACUGUAUCUAACUAUCACAAAUAAAACUAAUCUUUAAGAAUAUUUAGUUUUUAAGGCAUUGCUGGGAAUGCUACCUUUUCGACAAAAUGAUAAACUUAGCUCACUUCAGCCUUGAAAUGUGGGGUGAGGAAAAAUGUCUUUAGCCAAAGGGUGUUGAAUCUGUGGAAUUUAUUGCCACAGGCGCUGUGGAGGCCAAGUCAUUGCAUAUAUUUAGA